GCUACUCUUUAAUUUUGCUUUCUCACUCACACACACACUCUCUCUCUUACUUUCUUAUAUUUACAUAAAUGCCUGAAGGAUAUAAAGUAGAUAUUUCAAAAGCUGUAGGACAUACUUACCCACCAGAUAUUGUGGCUUGCACUCGUCGUGAUUAUUUAUUAUAUGCCUUAUCUGUUGGUGUACCUGAAAAUGACCUUCAAUGGUUAUAUGAACUUGAUAUUAACUUUGGACCAUUACCUACAUAUCCGCUCUGUUUGCUCUUAAAAGCGGAUGAUUGGGAUGUUAAUUCCUUUAUCGAAAGAUGGUCCUCAGGUGGCCCGUUACCUGGUGUACCCCCUUAUGAUUUUAAUAAAAUUGUGCAUGGUGAACAAUCAUUUGAAGUUAUUCAACCUUUUCCAACAGAAGGUGGACGAUUUAAACUAAUAAAAAAAUGUGUUGGUGUCUAUGAUAAAGGAUCAGGUAUGGUGAUUGAUUCUAGAGUUGAUUUGUAUGGUGAAGAAGAUGAUGUUCAUUACUGUCGUAUGAGUUCAAAAAUGUUUAUUAGAGGGUAUGGUGGAUGGAAUGGACCAAAAGGCCCUAAACCUGUUAUUUAUGAUCCUCCUCUUCGUGAUCCCGAUGUAAUUGACAGUUUUAAAACUGCCCCUAAUCAAGCUCUUUUAUAUCGUUUAUCUGGUGACUUUAAUCCAUUACAUGCAGAUAUUCAUUUAGCUUCUGCUGUAGGGUUUCAUAAACCCAUUUUACAUGGUUUAUGCUCCUAUGGUAAAUGUGCACACUCUAUUAUCAAGUAUUUUGGUGACAAUGAUCGUACUCGAUUUAAAUCUAUGGAAGCUAGAUUCGCUCAGCCUGUUUUCCCUGGUGAAACAAUAGAGAUUUUGAUGUGGAAAGUACCUACUACCAUCCGUCAUAACUCUGCUACUAACUUGGAUACCAUUAUUUUUCAAGCUCGUGUUAAAGAAAGAAAUGUUUUUGUGCUUACAAAUGGCUAUGCUCUUCUUUAUAAAAAAGAUAAUACCUUUGCCAAAAUAUAAUAAAAAUAGUUAACUUUUAUUUAUUUAUUUAUUUAUUUAUUAUUCUUUCUAAUUAUUCUGGGCGACGAUAAACGGUCUUU